CUCUCGCGAGAAGACUCUGGCCUAAAAAUUAUGGAUGUCGGGGGAAACGGUGGAGGAGUAGCUAUAAACAAUAAACAGAGAGCUAUGAUUCCCAAUAAAAGCAGAGGAGAAUUCACCCGCAAUCUACGAAAAGACUCGGAGGGCUUUUCUGAAUCCCCGGACUUGGAAUUUGACUACGCUGAUACAGACAAGUGGGCUGCGGAGCUGUCAGAGCUGUACAGUUACACCGAAGGCCCAGAAUUUGCCCUGAACAGAAAGUGUUUUGAAGAAGAAUUCAGGGAGCAUGUGUCCGAAAAGAAGUGGACAGAGCUGGAUGCUGCACAGCACAGAGCCCAUGCCAUGCGAUUACUGGAUGGUCUGGAGGUGAUUGCUCGAGAAAAGAGGCUCAAAGUUGCCAGAGCUAUUCUUUAUAUGGCUCAAGGGACCUUUGCUGAGUGCACUUGUGAAGCGGAGGUGCAACACUGGAUGAGAUAUAACAUCUUUUUACUGUUGGAUGUUGGGACCUUCUCUGCACUGGUGGAACUCCUCAACAUGGAAAUAGAUAACAGUGCAGCUUGCUCUAGUGCUGUGAGGAAGCCUGCGAUCUCUCUAGCAGACAGCACUGAUCUGAGGGUGCUGUUAAACAUCAUGUACUUGAUGGUGGAGACGAUUCAACAGGACGAUCCAACAGAUAAACCUGAGUGGAGAAUUAUCAGGGAAACGUUUAGAACAGAACUGGGAUCGCCUCUUUUCAACAAUGAGCCAAUUUCUGUGAUGCUUUUUGGCAUGGUCACCAAGUUUUGCAGUGGACAUGCCCCUCACUUUCCAAUGAAAAAGGUGCUAUUACUGUUAUGGAAAAGCAUACUGUUUACACUCGGAGGUUUUGAGCAGCUCCAAAGCUUGAAGGUGCAAAGGCGACAGCAGCUGAGCCUCCCUCCUCUUCCUGAAGACAGUAUUAGGGUGGUCCGCAGCAUGAGGGCCGCGUCUCCUCCGGCCUCUGCAUCUGACCUCAUUGAACAGCAGCAGAAACGGGCCCGGCGGGAGCACAAAGCUCUAAUAAAACAGGACAAUUUGGAUGCUUUCAAUGAAAAGGACCCUUACAAAGCUGAUGACGCUCGUGAGGAUGAAGAGGACAAUGACGACAAUGAUAACUCCAUCGAGACAGAGACUUUUCCCAUUGAGCGAGAUGAAGUGAUGCCUCCACCCAUCCCGCACCCCCCCUCAGAGCGGGUGUCCUUCCCAAAAGGCCUGCCCUGGGCGCCUAAAGUCAGGGAAAAAGACAUUGAAAAUUUUCUGGAAUCAAGUAGAAGUAAAUUCAUUGGUUAUACUCUUGGAAAUGACACUGACACAGUUGUUGGCUUGCCACGGCCAAUUCAUGAAAGCAUUAAAACUCUAAAGCAGCACAAGUAUGUCUCCAUAGCUGAGAUCCAGAUCACAAAGGAGGAAGAGUUUCAGAAAACCCCUCUCUCUGGAGGUGAAGAGGAGAUAGAAAUGUGUGCAACAGAACUGCUGUAUCAGGGCAUUUUGCCCAGUCUGCCACAGUAUAUGAUUGCUUUGCUGAAGAUUUUGCUUGCUGCGGCUCCUACGUCAAAGGCAAAGACUGAUUCAAUAAACAUCCUGGCUGAUGUGUUACCAGAGGAGAUGCCAACCACAGUGUUGCAGAGUAUGAAAUUAGGUGUUGAUGUGAACAGACACAAAGAAAUUAUUGUGAAAGCGAUUUCUGCUAUUCUGUUGCUUCUCCUCAAACACUUCAAACUCAACCACAUUUAUCAGUUUGAGUACAUGGCUCAGCACCUGGUAUUUGCCAACUGCAUCCCACUCAUUUUGAAAUUUUUCAACCAGAACAUUAUGUCAUACAUCACAGCCAAGAACAGCAUCUCAGUUCUUGACUUUCCGUACUGCGUGGUGCACGAACUCCCAGAGUUAACUGCAGAGAGUUUGGAGGCUGGAGACAAUAAUCAGUUUUGCUGGAGGAAUCUGUUCUCCUGCAUCAAUCUCUUAAGGAUAUUGAACAAACUGACCAAAUGGAAGCACUCCAGAACAAUGAUGCUGGUUGUGUUCAAGUCCGCUCCCAUCCUGAAGAGAGCACUGAAGGUUAAGCAGGCCAUGAUGCAGCUGUAUGUUCUGAAGCUGCUCAAAGUGCAAACUAAAUAUCUGGGACGCCAGUGGAGGAAGAGCAACAUGAAAACUAUGUCGGCUAUUUACCAGAAAGUCCGUCAUCGCCUGAAUGAUGACUGGGCCUAUGGAAAUGACCUGGAUGCUCGGCCGUGGGACUUCCAGGCUGAGGAAUGUGCUCUGAGGGCCAACAUUGAGCGGUUCAACAGUCGGCGCUACGAUAAGAGCCACAGUAACCCAGAGUUUGUGCCUGUGGACAACUGUCUACAGAGCGUUCUGGGACAGCGCAUCGACCUGCCUGAAGACUUUCAAAUGAACUAUGACCUCUGGCUUGAGCGAGAGGUUUUUUCUAAACCUAUUUCAUGGGAGGAACUGCUUCAGUGACAAUAGUUUUUUUCGUUGAACAGAAAGAAAAUUAGUUCAGACAAACUGGCUUCAGUGAUGUUGGCUCAAUCAAAUGAUUUAAAUGCUGCCUUCAAUGUUUUGUGGUACAUUGUGUUGUACAUUCAGUUUUACAAUUCCUGUAACAUAAUUGUUCUCCAAAAGCAUUAACAGCAAAGUUUGUAUCUUAUCAAUUAACAACAUUACUUUUUCUCUUACGGUUUAUCAGGGAUACAUUUGUAUUGCGUACAACAGAUAUUGCAGUUUCUCUCGUCCCUUUUAGAUAUUGUCUGCAUACUUUUAUCUGGGACCACAAAAGAACUUGAAUUUGACCAAUAACUAAUUAACAGACUUGAGCUUAACUCUGAAGGAUCUUCAUUUUUACACACUAAAGUCAGAGGUUUUAAUGAACUUUCCAUCAUUAUUUUCAAUUUUAUUUUUUAAACCUAUGUAUUUCUUGUAGUACAAACGGUAUACAUUUGAAAAGACCUGCAAGUUGCACAUCUUAUAUUUAUCAUGGCUGUUUUACCUUAAACACUGUAAUAAAAUUGCAAUGUUGAGA